ACAGCCUAAUGACGUGGACUGAAAAAAUUACCGUUGCACCUAUCGUGCUCACAACGUAUCAGAUGUGCGUUUUUCCUUUCCUAGGCGCUUAGCAAUAGGUCUCCGGUUCGACUUUCAUGCGCGUUUACUCAGGAAAAUUGCAUUCUUCCCAGAAACUGGAGUUGAUUUUGUAAUCAAAUGCGUAAUAUUCGAAAUGGUGAGUCGUGUUUGCAGGAAUUACAAGACCUCGUAGUUCAUAAAUAUUUAGCGCGGAAAUUUGCGGAGCUGUAUCUGCCCACGGUCACAUGCGUGACCACAUUACGGGGCUCAGGAACAAUAUUUUCUGCUCUUUGUUUCCUCCUUUACACAAUGUUUCAUGUUUUUGAGUAAAGAGAAGAAAAUUCCGGAAAAACAUAGCAUUCAAAGGGAUUUAAGACAGAGCUGUGAAAAUACAGGGAACGAUUGAAGAAUAGGACAAGUUUUUGAAUAACACGGACUAGAGGUGUUUUAAUGCUACUCAAACCCGACGUCCAGGCUUAGGUGGACAUACGGCUGCAUUGUGAGUGAAGGACAUGAUAACAGCUAUAAGAUGUCCUAUCGUGUUAGAAAACAGAAGAUGAGAAGCGGAACAUGUUCGUUCAGUGGUUUUUCCAUUCGCCGUUAUGUGGCAGAAGUUCGGCAAAGAGAUGUUGAAAAAUGCUGUCCAUUUCAUCCACAACUUUCCAAAAGUAGACUGAAGCAAGGAACAACAAGUCAACUUCCAUCACAUGAAGAGAAUGUUAUUCAAUUGCAGGACAAAUCUGAGCAACAAAUAGAUAUCUCAGAGGACAAUAUAGUUACCCAUGGUCAGGUCAACGAAAUGUGUAAACUAGAAAUUGUAGUACCAUAUUGUGUUAAUAAUCAAAACCCUGAUGGGCAGGAAGACAAAUCAACAUUUCAUCCAAGGGAAGAUGGAACAUAUGAAAGGAGAGAAGAAGAUGGUACAAAUGAAAAGUGGGCAUGCCAUUUAUCAGGGGGCAUAAAAUCAGAGGAAAUUUUUUCAGAAAAUAACAUAAAUAAGAAAAAUCCUGAGCUGGAAGCCAAGUCACCAUGUUUUUUAAGGGAAGAUGAAACAAAGGAAAAUUGGGCACAAAAUAAAACAAAUGAAAAUAGGGCAGAAGGGGAAACAAAUGAAGGGGUGGCAGAAGAAGAAACAAAUGAAAAACAUGCAGCAUACCAGUUAUCAGAGGACAUUAAAUCGGGUUUUUUUCUUCCAAAAAAAUGUGUAAAUAAGCAAAAGUCUGACCUGGAAUCCAAGUCACUGUGUCUUUUGAGGGAAGAUGAAACAAAUGAAAAGGCAGCAGAAGAUGAAACAAAGGAAAAGAGGGAAGAAGGGAAAACAAACAAAGGGGUGGCAGAAGAAUCUAAUGAAAAGUGGACAGCACACCAUUUAUCAGGGGACAUAAAAUCAGAGGAAAUUCUUUCAGAAAGGAACAUAAAUAAGCAGAUCCCUGAAGUGGAAGCUAAGUCACCAUGCCUAUCGGGGCACAUAAAAUCAAAGGAAAUACUUUCAGAAAAUAAGGCAAACCAGCAGGCACAAUCUCUGGCAUUUGGUAGUUCUGACCCCGUUAUUGGUGGUUUUGCAGUUCACUCAUCAGAUUCUAUAGUGGCAAAACUAAAGACUGACGUGCGGCCUCAUAUACACAGCUUCCCAAAAGGGACAAGGCUAUGCACAUCAAAGAUCUUAUUGAACGAGAUGUUUAGCCCAGGUAAAUUUGCAAAGGGCAUAAUCAGCCGGGAAGGAACUCAAAUUCAUUGUUCCUUUCAAACAUGUAGAGAAGAGAACUCUAAGAGAUAUGCAACACGUCAGGGAAAUAAAAUUGCUUCCAAAGAGCAGGAUAUGAACGGUCAAGGGAAAGAACAAAUUUCAGCUAAAAUGUUAGAUAGGCAAGGAGAUUCAUCUAAUUAUAGAAAAAGGGCACUGGAGCUUCCACCUGGUGCAAAUGGACAGCAAUCUCAGAAGAAGAAACCAUCUGCAAUAUCAAACAUCGACCAAGGGCCUCAGAAGAAAGAACAAGUACAAUCAGAAAGAUCAAACAUUGCUAUCCUUGCGCUUCCAGCAUUUCAAUGCAACAAAGCUUGAGUUUGCACCAAAGCAAAUGCUUAAAUGAACAAAAAUGGAAAGUGUGUCCAAUACUGAACUUUCACUAGAUCUGAGGCAGAGAAUGUGUCUUGAGACUUGAAGCAGAGAAUUGUACAUUUUUCAACACUUGAAGCAGAGAAUUUUGAAAAUUGUAUAUCACUCUUAGACAGCAUGACAGACUUGAUUCAUGGGGACAAUAAGGGAACCGGAAUACAGUUUCCGGAUGUGAUAAUUUAUAAAAGCAACUGGACAAAAGGAAGAUUUGUUAUUUAUCUCUCUAAUAAAUUACAAGGAUAUCAGAUGACGGUUCUAUUUCAUCAAUUGCUCAGGGAUCUUGGUCAAAAUAGCUGGCAGACGAGCCUCCUUAGAAGGAUUCUGGCUACCAAGCAACUGGAAAAUGGGAACAAGGAUGCUUUAAACAAUCCAUUUUAUGUUGCUCUAGAGAACCUGAGGAGAAGCAGAUGAAUGGCAGUUGAGUUUAUGCAAAUCUUAAAUGUACUGUCAAUGAAUGUCGAGAAGAUUUGUGUCAGGGCAGUUAUAAUUUACAGGGAUGUUACAUUUUUCCUCCAUUUUGUAAAGGCAAAACAAAACCUUAGUGCCUUGUUUAUUUAAAGUAGCAGCCACAUUGAUAAUUUCAAUUUGCAUCUGGUCCCCAAAUACUCUGUUCAAAAGUCCCUUGCAAAAUUAUCAGUGCCUGUCAUGGUUUUGGAGGUAGCCUCCAUGUUAAUGAUAUUUUGAGAAAAUGUUAUCUGAGGUUUCAAUGAUAAAGAUUUUAUGGCACUGUCUUGGAACAA